AUGAAAAAAGAGUGUUUCGCAUCUGGGACACUGUCCUCCGCUUCCCUCAAAAGAAGGUUCAUAAGAAAGAGGAGGGUCGCUCCGGGGGCGCAGCAGGAUGCGGACAGCGACUGUCAGCUGUGCAGGUCUUCCAUAUUUUCCCUGUCUGGCAGUAGUCGGACUGUUCGUCGGAUUCUGACAGCCUGUGUCCUUUCUUUCCUGGCCCUGCUGGGCUCUGUGUCCAUUGACCUCAGCUCCAACUUUGACCUGCUGCACACUACAGAGGCCGCGUACAAGGAGCUUACUUCAUGCAGGACGAUAGCUAUCCUACAACUCGUCAGUAAGCUUCAAAAGAUGAGGCGUUUAUUUACCAAAGACAUGGGCAAUGAGACAUUGGAGGAAAGUAUGAGGGUCUGCCUGCUGGCCAUGGCCUGCCUCAUCUACCCGGUGGUGAUGUUCUCAUUCAAGCAGAUGACUGAGUGGAUACAGAACUACGCCCAGAGCUUGAAGGAGAAGACAGAGGACCUGAAGCGCCAGAGGCAGCUGGCAGAGGAUCUGCUGCACCAAAUGCUGCCCAAAUCUGUCGCCAAGCAGCUCCGCCAGCAUAAACACGUCGAGGCAGAGAGCUAUGAAAAGGUGACCAUUUUUUUCUCAGACAUUGUGGGCUUCACCUCUAUCUCUGCAUCCUGUACUCCUCUGCAAGUGGUGGAGAUGCUCAACAACCUCUACAUGUGCUUUGACACACGCAUUGAUUCCUACGAUGUCUACAAAGUGGAGACAAUUGGGGAUGCAUACAUGGUGGUGAGCGGUCUGCCUGAGAGGAAUGGAGAUAGACAUGCUGAUGAGAUCGCCAAGAUGGCACUGGAUCUGGUAGCAGCUGUUAGACAGGUCUCCAUCCCUCACAUGCCCAAUCAGAGGCUGCAGCUUCGAGCCGGCAUCCACACAGGUCCAUGUGUGGCGGGAAUAGUGGGCUAUAAGAUGCCAAGAUACUGUCUGUUUGGAGACACUGUCAACACCGCCUCUAGAAUGGAGUCGACCAGCCUGCAGAAUGGGAUGCUAAUGGUGGACCUGCCAGUUCUGGUGUUCUCUGGAGAAUCUCAGAAAAUCCACACCAGCUCAGAAACCUACUUGGCUCUGAUUAAAGACAACGCCUACGAGCUGCAGCUCAGAGGAGAGAUUGAGGUUAAGGGAGCUGAUGUUCAGCUCCGACUUGAGGUCCUGGGUGAUGGUGGUCCCCAGGAAGUGGAAGAACUCCACAGUGUCGACUGGGGAAUCAUACAGGGUGAUGGGGGUGGGCGGGGCUGGGUUCUUCAACCAUCUCCACUGUCUUAA